UUAUCUUAUAUAUUUAUCAUAUUGUGGAAUUAAAAGAACAUGCGAUUGGUCGGAUUCACAAUUCACCAUACAUAGGGAAAGAUGAAACACUUUUUUAUGAAAACACUGUUAUGUAUCAAGUGAAUUAUAAAGCUUGGAAUAAAGAACAUGGGAAAUGGAUCUUAUUUGUUUAGCAUAGAGAAUGUUAACAAAAUUAGGAAGUGUGGUAACAAAAUUUUAUUUAUUCUACAAUGGAUUAUUUUGAAUAUUCUGAUAAAUAAGGUGCAUGUAGAAAAUAAAUAAAUACAGAUUUAUUUUUGAAAAAAAAUGAUGAUGUAUCCAAGAGCAUCUCCAGCUCAUAGUUUCUUAAAGAUGGUAUCUAAAUUAAAUAAUAAUGUAUCUAAGAGAUCUGCCAGUCCAUAAUUUCUUAACCAUGAUAUAGAAACAAAAAAAUUAGCAAUAUUUUAAUAUAAUUUAAUUAUCUAUUUAAAUUUUAAUAUUGCAGAGAAAUAGAAUAAUUGAAAAUGAUACAUAUUUUAGAAGUAUAUCAUGAAUAACCUAAUAAUAUACUCGUUUUUCUUCUCUUUCAUCUUUAUAUAUUUUUUCAAGAUGAGAGAGAUCCUAUGAAAACCUCCCACUACUGAAGGUUCUCUAAAAAGUAAGUACGGUAGUAUUAGAGAAAAUAUUGAGUUCUAAUGGCAUUGGAGUUCUCAUUGGUUUGCUGUCUUGGUAGGCUUUUCUAGGGUUAUAUGUGCUUCCAGUUCCAGCAGCUGCGCUGGUGAAGCAGUGCAUCUUCGCAUUGACAAUGCAAAGGCUCUACGGUUUGAAGUUUUUCCUACUCCAAUGCCUGUUGAGGCGGCAUGGCUAACUCAUAGGCUAAUCAUGGGAUGGUAGUUUGUGAGCACUUGCCGGAUAGAUUUAGUGAGCUAACAUAGCCAUGAAACAUUUAGUAGUAAAACGUGUUUUUUUUUGCCACAAAAUUUUUGUAGCAAAAUUUGUGCUUUAUGUUACGAUUUAGCUUCAGUCCAAAUUUGGCACAAACAUAUAGUCAUGUUUUCGUUGUUUUUCAUGGCUAAUACUCCAUAUAGCCAUGAAAUAGCCAAUUUUUUUAAUUGUGUAAAACUAGAGAUGUCAGAUUCGAAUCUCAUAGAAAAUAUUUAGUAACCGAAUUUUGUAUGUAACCCGAAAAAUUACGAGAUUCGGUCCAGAACUUUUUGCAAUCAAAAUAAAAAAAUAAGAUGAAUAUUUUCAUCGAUCAAUGUACCAUAUGGCAAAUAAACCUAUCAUACGUAAAAUUUUAUGAUAUUUUUAUUUUUGGAUAUAGUGAGUAUAGGAACCGCAUAAACGGAAAUUAUGUAGAGAGUCGGCCAACAUAGUUAACUCAAAUCACGUCAUUUUAUGAUUCAAUGCUAAAUUUUCCAGCCAAACUGUUCAGUUGGUUUGUCGUAUGUCUCACACUAAAUAUGAGGAAGCGAACGAUGGAAAAUGAAUCUUAUUAACGUACAAAUUACAAAAGGUCAAGAUACUUCUGAAAUUGUAAACAUCAAAAAUCUUGCAUUUUGAAACAGAGUGCUUUGAAUAUACUGUCAGGCUAAAUUUACCAACUGCAUGACUACACCAAAAAAAAAAAACGAUUCAACAUAAACAUCUAAGAAUUUAAAUGUCCAAGUUGGCCGACCAUUGCUGCUUCCUAGCAUUCGGGAAACUACAGCAACUUUUGAAUGUAGAAAAGUUCAUUAUCAAUGCUUCUAAACAAACUAUAGAAAUCUUGCUGGUGGGCUGAUCCCAUCAAUCCAAUAUCUAUAAGAAAAAUUAUUACCAAAGCUCCUAAACUCAUUGAGAAGUAAUUAGUUCUACGGAGAAGAUCAAUCUGAUUUGAGGGCCGCCAUAUCAGUGCAACUCUCAACUUAGCUAUGGUUUACCAUUGACGAGAGGUCUAAAUUAUUCGUUUGAUAUUAGUCUAACAUCAAUGAGAUUAUUAAGUUUUUUGAGUUCGUGAAGAUUUGGAUUUUUUUUGUCAGAAAUGACGAUUUGGAUACAUUAUUGCAGAAUCUCACAAGAAUAUGAAGAAAACAAAGUAAUGAACUAUAUUUGUCGUCUAACUUGUAUUGAGAAAACAAAUUCAACUUGCAAAUUUGUAAUUUUACUUGGCAAACCAACACUAAUGAGAUUCUAUGACAGUUUUGAUGAAGCAUUUUGUUUAACAUUUCACAAACGCUAAGUAAAUAACGUGUCUAUAAGGUUUUGCCGUUUCCUUCAUAUAUAUUGUUGUGCCUUGGUAUAUUUGUGUUAUAUAGAUAGUUUGGAUUUCUAUGUCAUCGCGGGGAUAGCUCAGUUGGGAGAGCGUCAGACUGAAGAUCUGAAGGUCGCGUGUUCGAUCCACGCUCACCGCAUUUUCCUUUUUAUUUUUAUUGUCUUUCUUCCUUUAUUCAGAUUAGGUUAGGAUAUCUUCCUUCAUUUACUACUGGAGAUACUGUAUUUGCUUCCGAGUAACGAUUUGGUAACGUCUCUUAUCAAACCAGUGGUGCUCGUUGGAAAGAGGUGGGACAAUUACGUAUAAUGGCCGUGAUCCGGACUCUAAGUCCUCAGUUAGAACUGCAUUUAGGUUUGUGGUAUUCAUUAGCAACAUCUCAGAGGUAUAGAGCCUACACUUUUAUAAUUCAACGGUUACUACAUCAAAAUUUUGGUUAAUAUGGUUGUUAAACGGUCAUUGAGAGGGAGCUGACGAUCUCCAAGUGUUUAGAGUUCUUCGAGUUGCCCAAAUCUUUGCACCUCUUUACAGCUUGAAACCCUUUUACACUCAAAGGACAAUGUUUAGUUGAAGUUCCCCUAAUGGCCUAAUGUCUCUUUGGUCUGCCACUCUGCCUCAAAAAUCGCCACCUUUUAUGUGGGUUCCCUUACAAAGCGACGAAUCUAUGGAAAAGCUUUAACUAAGUUCAUCCUAGCUAUUAUAUAUUAGCCGGUGAAAAAAAAACAAUUCUCUAGCAAAAAUCAUGUUACUCAAAGUAGUUCUUGUCUUCUUAAGUUAUAUACUUAUAUGUAUUAUAUUCAAUUGUUAUAUUUAUGAGAACCGAGAAAAUGUGGAUCAUUCUACUUUCUUUUCUAACAAUUUUUUAACAAUGCAAAAGUAUUAUAUAAUAACUUCUUUUGGUUUUCACUAAAUUUAAUUGUUUACUUCUAAGAAUUAAAUAUUUUUUUCUAAGAAUUAAAUAUUCAGAUAUAUAUUAUACAGUUUUGUCUUCAUUACAAAAAUCAAUCUUAAACGAUGCUUAAAUUGGAGAAAUAGUCAUACUUUUACGUUGAAACGAAGUUAAAAAAAAACGUUUAGUGCAAUUGUUGAUGUUGUCACCGUGAAGGCACACAAUUCCUCAGCAUGGACCUCAAUAAUCAAUUAACAUAAUAGCCCCUUCAUUAAGCAAGCAUUUGACUUUCAUUCCUAUAAAUUCACAACUAGAUUUUACAACCCUCAUCAUCACCAACACAUUCAACUCUCUCUCCUUUAAUUUUAAAUAAGGAUACAAAGAUGGAGAUCUCGAAAACCCUUUUGCUUGUGAUUUCUCUUGUGGCUGCAACUUGUUUCUUGCAAGCCAAGGCAGCUGGAGUUUACUGUACCAACCCUAAAUCUCGGUGCUAUUACAAGACCAUUCAAUGUCCAGAAGAAUGUCCAAGCACAACCGUUAUGAAUUCAAAGAACAAAGUUUGCUACGCCGAUUGCGAUAGACCCACUUGCAGCGCCCAAUGCCGGAGUAAGAAACCAAACUGUAACAAACCUGGAUCAGCUUGUUAUGACCCGAGGUUCAUUGGAGGAGACGGCAUUGUGUUUUACUUUCAUGGAAAGAGCAAUGAAGAGUUCAGCCUCGUCUCUGACUCUGACCUUCAGAUCAAUGGUAGGUUCAUUGGCCACAGACCCGCUGGUCGUGCCAGAGACUUCACAUGGAUCCAAGCUCUCGGAUUCCUCUUCAACUCCCACAAGUUCUCUCUCGAUGCCGCCAAAUCCGCCACCUGGGACAGCGAAGUAGACCAUCUCAAGUUCACUUUCGAUGGCCAAGAUCUAUCUGUCCCCGAAGAAACUCUCGCCACCUGGUACUCACCGAACAAGGACAUCAAGAUCGAGAGAGUGACUAUGAAAAACAGCGUGAUCGUGACAAUCAAAGACAAGGCCGAGAUCAUGGUCAAUGUUGUUCCAGUGACAAAAGAAGACGACAGGAUCCACAGCUACAAAGUACCAUCAGAUGAUUGUUUUGCUCAUCUUGAGGUUCAGUUCAAAUUCUUCAACCUUUCACCAAAGGUCGAUGGAAUCUUAGGACGAACCUACAAACCGGACUUCCAGAAUCCGGCUAAGCCUGGAGUCGCAAUGCCAGUGGUUGGUGGUGAAGACAGCUUCAAGACCUCAUCUCUCCUCUCCAAUGACUGUAAAACUUGCAUCUUCUCUGGAUCACAACAAGCAGAGAUUGAUUCUGUUAAGUCAGAGAUUGAAUAUGCUACUUUGGAUUGUACCCGUGGAGCGUCUUCUGGUAAUGGAAUCAUCUGCAGGAAGUAAAGAAUCACAGAAGAAUAAUACCAGAGAGCACUAGCUUCUGCUGGAGGUUUUUAAGUAUAAAUAAGUGUUGGAUAAACCUUACUAUGUACCACUUAUGCAAUGUAUUAUCCACCAUGUAUUCCAGUUUGUAUUAAGCUAAUCAUUGUUAAUGAUAUGUAAUAUUUAUAAACACUGCGUAAUCCACCAGUCCCAAAACAACAAGUUCAUGAAGAGCAGAGAAAGAAACUAUCAAUAAACAAAUAUGUUAGUUAGCAAAUGAAAAGUUAACAAAAGCGGGGAUAGCUCAGUUGGGAGAGCGUCAGACUGAAGAUCUGAAGGUCGCGUGUUCGAUCCACGCUCACCGCAUUAUUUUUGCAAUUUUUUAAAAGAUUGUUCUUCCUAAACAUGUUGUGCUUGUGAGGAGACUUGGGCGCUCAGGUUCGAAUUUGCAUCCGUUUAUUAGACUAUCCUCAAAAAUCACAUUCAUAUUUUCCUGAAUUUUAGAUCGGAUUAGGUCAGAUUUUUCUCGUAUUCAGUUCGGAUUGGGUUAUAUCUAAAUACCUUAAAUUAUUCUAAAAUUUUGAAACAAAUAAAAAAACUAGCCAAACUAUCUAAAGCUGGAAGCAUUAAAUCAGUUUAAAGCAAAUUUUCAAAAUAUCCUUAAACCAGGUGUUCUACCUAUAAGUUAUGAGUUUAAUUAUUUUACAAAUGUACGUAAAUAGAUAUAUAU